UAUCAUGUCGACCAAUAAAGCAGCAUUCCUAAAGUCUCUAAAGACACCAUUCUCGGUUGAUGAUGCGCCUCUUCAUUCACCUGGACCCCAUGAAAUCCUGAUUCGCAAUCGUGCCAUUGCAGUCAAUCCGAUAGACUACAAACAACAAGAUAUUGGCUUCUUCAUCAAGUCCUAUCCUUGGAUUUUGGGUAUGGAUGUUGCCGGCAUAGUUGAGGAAGUUGGUGCCGAUAUCACGACGUUCAAAAAGGGAGAUCGUGUCGCGGCUCUCGCGCCUGGUAUGCCGACUGGAAACCAAGCAUACGCUGCUUUCCAACUAUAUACGGUAGUUCCAGCCUCAGUUGCAUCCAAGAUUCCGGACCGUAUCGCAUUUACCGAUGCCGCGGUGUUGCCUUUGGGACUCACCACUGUUUGUUGGGGCCUUUUCGGGGAAGGAUAUCUUGAACUCGAUCCUCCCAGUGCUUCAGGCACACCUUCGACGAAAAACAAUAAUAAAGUAGUUCUUGUAUGGGGUGGAUCUAGCAGUGUAGGAUCAUGCGCCUUGCAGCUUCUCUCCGCUGGUGGCUAUACCAUCUUGACAACUGCUUCAGCGAAGAACUUCGACUUUGUCAAGGAACUUGGUGCCACUCAGGUUUUCGAUCAUCAUGAUCCCGACAUUGUCAAGAAACUAGUCGACGCUGCACGCGGCAAAGAGAUACUCGGCGCAUAUGAUACUAUCUCUACGGCCCAAACAGUCCGCGCGUGCGGCGAAUAUCUGCAUGAGCUUGGCGGAGGAAGAUUCACUAAGGUAGACCGAACUGUCGAUGCCUCAGAUCUACCAGCAAGCGUCACUGUCACGGAAAAUCAACCGCCGGGUUUACGCGGUCCUGAUGGAGGUUUGGCCUCAUGGAAUCGCUUGUGGCGUGAGUUCAUGGGCGAAGGGUUAGAAAACGGCAAACUGAAGACUAAACCCAAUGCCUUUGUGCUGAAAGGUGGUUUGGAGAAACUCAAUGAGGCUGUAGAUCUUGUGAGGCAGGGGGUUUCGGCGAAGAAGGUCGUGGUUCAAGUGGUGGACGGGUCAUGA